AAGAUGGAAAUAAAUAAUCAAAGCACUGUGACAGAAUUUAUCCUAAUAGGUUUUUCUAGCAACUCCUCAGCACAGCUUAUUCUAUUUAUAACCUUUGGAUCAGCUUAUACUGCAGCUCUGGCAGGUAACAUUUCUAUUAUCACUUUAAUUAGUCUGUGUUCUACUCUUCAUACUCCCAUGUAUUUUUUCUUGGUCAACCUCUCUCUUUUGGACAUUUGCUGUAUUAGUGUAAUUGUUCCCCCGACAAUGAGGAAUUUAAUGAAUAAGAAGACCAUAUCUGUGCAAGGCUGCUUCACACAGGCAUAUUUCUUUGUCAUUUUCCUGGGAUCUGAACUCUUACUUCUGGUUGUAAUGGCUUUUGAUCGCUAUGUAGCCAUCUGUCAUCCUUUACGUUAUACUGUCAUUAUGAACAGGAAAGUCUGUAAUUAUUUGGUGAUUGUGAUAUGGGUAUGUGGUGUUCUCCUUGCAAACAUUCAUGUUCUUUCCCUCCUGCGCUUGUCCUUCUGUGGACCUAGGACUAUCAAUCACUUUUUUUGUGAACUGCCUCCUCUGUUACUACUUUCUUGUACUGACACAACAUUCAACCGAUACCUCAUGCUGGUGACAGAUAUCUUCUUAGGAUUUGGUUGCUUCUUAUUGACUCUAGUCUCCUAUGUCUACAUUGUUUCCUCCAUCCUGAAGAUACCUUCUGUACAAGGGAAGAAGAAGGCUUUCUCCACCUGUUCUUCCCAUGUCAUGGUGGUGACUCUUUUCUACAGCUCAGCAAUCUACACCUAUGUCAGACCUAUAUCCAUGUACUUGGACAUUGACAAAAUUAUAGCUGUACAAUACACUGUGAUCACUCCUGUUCUCAAUCCCAUUAUCUACUGUCUAAGGAACAAAGAAGUGAAAGAUGAAUUUAAGAAAUUUGUAAGGCUCAAAAGAAACUAA